UCCCCGGGAGCUUCACAGAUGGUGGGUGCUGGCAGGACGCUGGUGUUGAUGGCUGUGUUCCUGAGUGUGGCCCAGUCUCUUCUUCCUUCGGUUAUCUUAGAGGCGGUGGCUCCUGAGGUCCUUCAGGCGGUGUUAGUCAGUGAGUGGCAUCCUCGCUGUUCCCUCAUCUUCCUUACUGACGACCAUCCUUCAGCCCUCACAGUGUUUACGGAAUACCAGUCUCUGAUGGGUCCCUGGGGUGUGGGGCUUUUCGAGGUGGCAGUGGACGGCCAGGACUCUAACGUGACGCAGGCACAGCUCUCCCGGGUGGUCGACGAGGCUCGGCGGCUGCGGCAGGUGUCAUGGUGCGUGACGGUGGUGGUGGUGAGCGACGACCCAGCCUUCCUCGCCGCCUUCGCCGAGUGGUCCCUCAAGGGCCGCCUCCUGGUGUGGCCAACGAGGCUCCUCGUCGUCACCCGCCUGCCCCUCCCGGAGCUGCACUACCUACACAAGUUACUCUCCACGACCAACUCCAUGUUGCUUGUGGUCCAGGAUACUUCAGGAAAAUUUAGAUGCAGUGUGUACAUGUACUUACCAUACAGCUCACCAGAAGACAGGGCUCUGAGUCUUGCCUCCUGGACGCUCCGCCGAGGUCUAACCCUUGCCACCCAUCUCCCACUUUUCCCUGACAAAUACUCCAGGUUCUUAAGACGUCCGACGCUUGCGGUGGCAACGGAGGCCUUACACUCCCGGGAGGUAACGAAGAAAGACAAAGACGGGAAAAACACCGACACCAUGGUGGAUUAUUUAGCCCAGGGUCUUAAUUUCACGUAUAAAUAUGUGCAACCAGCUGAUGGAACGUUUGGCUCCAAGCAGAACGAUGGUUCCUGGUCCGGCAUGGUGGGCAUGGUGGCGAGGGGGGAAGCGGAUAUUGCACUUGGACCGUUCGGGAUCACCGAGAGCCGCACUGAGGUGGUGGACUUCACCUGGCCAGUGAUGAUACAGUACUCGAGGAUCAUGGGAAGUAGAGGACUCCCAGAGGUGGAUCCUUGGGGCUUCCUGCUGCCUCUCACGCCGCAGGUGUGGACGGCCAUCCUGGCGGUGCUGUUGCUGCUGCCUGUGGUCAUAUUCCUCUUGUCAUCAUUCUUCUCAUUUAAAGCUGUUAAUCAACACACAUGGACGAAGGCUAUUUUUGACCUCAUUCGCAUAUUGUUACAACAAGACAACCUGGUACGGGGCAGCGAGUGGUGGAGGCGAGCAGUUGUGGCGGGAUGGAUGGUGACGGCGUUGGUGUUGAUCAAGAGCUACGCUGGGAACCUUAUGUCCAGUCUGGCGGUGAGACACAUCAAACAGCCCUACCAGACCAUUAGGGAUGUGCUGAAUGACCCCUCCACCUCCAUGAUAUGGCAGAUCAACUCUUCCAAUGUCCAGUAUUUUCGUUCUGUGGAGUCUGGCAUCUUCCGCGAGAUUGCAGAAAAGGAGGCUGAGGGCAGGAUCAAGUACAAGUUAUUGUCGCAAUUUCCACAAGCUAUCGACACAUUGGUGAGGCGCGGUGACCACGUCAUCAUGGACCUGGAGAUAGUCAUAAACAUGAUAAUUGCCCAGUACUUCUCUUACACAG